ACGCCCUCCGCUCCGCAGGCGCCGGUACCUUUAAGAAUCUUCACGCGAGCAUCCCAGAUUGAUAAAUCCGCGCGCUGCCUCCGCCACCGCAGGUUGCGGCCUUUGCGGAGCCCAGGCCGCGCAGCCGACUUCGCCUGUCCGGCCUGCGUUCCCUUCCUCGGUCCCUGCCGCAUCCCGGAGGCGCCGCGACCAUCCCAACGAAGCCCGCGACCUCCCCUGCCGCCCCAUGUCGGCCGCCCCCGCCUACAGCGAAGACAAGGGCGGCUCUGCUGGCCCCGGGGAGCCCGAGUACGGCCACGACCCGGCGAGCGGCGGCAUUUUCUCCUCCGACUACAAGCGGCAUGAUGACCUGAAGGAGAUGCUGGACACCAACAAGGAUUCCCUCAAGCUGGAGGCCAUGAAGAGGAUUGUGGCGAUGAUCGCCCGGGGAAAGAAUGCCUCAGACCUGUUUCCUGCCGUGGUGAAGAACGUGGCCUGUAAGAACAUAGAGGUGAAGAAGCUUGUCUACGUGUACCUGGUGCGCUACGCCGAGGAGCAGCAAGACCUAGCCCUGCUGUCCAUCUCCACCUUCCAACGCGGCCUAAAGGACCCCAACCAGCUGAUUCGUGCCAGCGCCCUCCGCGUCCUGUCUAGCAUCCGUGUGCCCAUCAUCGUGCCCAUCAUGAUGCUAGCCAUCAAGGAAGCUGCCUCGGAUAUGUCGCCCUAUGUGCGGAAGACAGCUGCCCACGCCAUCCCCAAGCUCUACAGUUUCUCCCUCAGUUUGGAUUCUGACCAGAAGGACCAGCUGAUAGAGGUCAUUGAGAAGCUUCUGGCGGACAAGACCACGCUGGUGGCGGGCAGCGUGGUGAUGGCCUUCGAGGAGGUGUGCCCAGAGCGCAUCGACCUGAUCCACAAGAACUACCGGAAACUCUGUAACCUGCUCAUCGACGUGGAGGAGUGGGGCCAGGUGGUCAUCAUCAGCAUGCUCACCCGCUACGCCCGCACGCAGUUCCUGAGCCCCACCCAGAACGAGUCUCUGCUGGAGGAGAACCCCGAGAAAGCCUUCUACGGCUCCGAGGAGGACGAGGCCAAGGGCCCGGGGUCGGAGGCAGCGGCCUCCGCGGCGGUGCCGGCCCGAAAGCCCUACGUCAUGGACCCCGACCACCGGCUGCUGCUGCGCAACACAAAGCCGCUCCUGCAGAGCCGCAGCGCCGCCGUGGUCAUGGCGGUGGCGCAGCUCUACUUCCACCUGGCGCCCAAGGCGGAGGUGGGCGUCAUCGCCAAGGCUCUCGUGCGCCUGCUGCGCAGCCACAGCGAGGUGCAGUACGUGGUGCUCCAGAACGUGGCCACCAUGUCCAUCAAGCGCCGGGGUAUGUUUGAGCCGUACCUGAAGAGCUUCUACAUCAGGUCCACCGACCCCACCCAGAUCAAGAUCCUGAAGCUGGAAGUGUUGACUAACCUCGCCAAUGAGACCAACAUCCCUACUGUCCUACGGGAAUUCCAGACCUACAUUCGCAGCAUGGACAAGGACUUUGUGGCAGCCACGAUCCAGGCCAUUGGGCGCUGUGCAACUAACAUAGGCCGAGUCCGUGACACCUGUCUCAACGGCCUGGUGCAGCUGUUGUCCAACCGUGAUGAGCUUGUGGUCGCAGAGUCAGUGGUCGUCAUUAAGAAGCUGCUGCAGAUGCAGCCAGCACAGCACGGAGAGAUCAUCAAACACUUGGCAAAGCUCACAGACAACAUCCAGGUGCCCAUGGCCCGAGCCAGCAUCCUGUGGCUCAUUGGCGAGUACUGUGAGCACGUCCCCAGGAUUGCACCCGACGUCCUGAGAAAAAUGGCUAAGUCCUUCACAGCCGAGGAGGACAUCGUCAAGCUGCAGGUCAUCAACCUGGCAGCCAAGCUCUACCUGACCAACUCUAAGCAGACCAAGCUGCUGACCCAGUAUGUGCUGAGUCUGGCCAAGUAUGACCAGAAUUACGAUAUCCGAGACCGAGCACGCUUCACCCGGCAGCUCAUCGUCCCUUCGGAGCAGGGUGGGGCCCUCAGCCGUCAUGCCAAGAAGCUCUUCCUGGCACCCAAACCAGCUCCAGUCUUGGAGUCAUCCUUCAAAGACCGGGACCACUUCCAGCUGGGCUCACUGUCUCACCUGCUCAAUGCCAAGGCCACGGGCUACCAGGAGCUCCCAGAUUGGCCAGAGGAAGCCCCAGACCCAUCUGUGCGCAAUGUGGAGGUACCUGAAUGGACCAAGUGCUCAAACAGGGAGAAGAGGAAGGAGAAGGAGAAACCCUUCUACUCAGACUCUGAGGGAGAGUCAGGGCCCACAGAGUCUGCAGACAGCGACCCUGAGUCCGAGAGUGAAUCGGACAGUAAGAGCAGCAGCGAGAGUGGCUCUGGGGAGUCCAGCAGUGAGUCCGACAACAAAGACCAGGAUGAGGACGAGGAGAAAGGGAGGAGCAGUGAGAGUGAACAUAGUGAGGAGGAGGGUAAGAAGAGGAAGAUGAAGAAGAGGAAGAAGGAGCCAGAGGGACAAGAAGGCGGCUCGUCCUCAGAGGAGGGCAGUGACUCCAGCAGCAGCUCCUCAGAGUCUGAGAUGACAUCAGAGACAGAGGAGGAGCAGGCGGAACCUGCCUCCUGGAGGAAGAAAACACCUCCCAGCAGCAAAAGUGCCCCUGCAGCCAAGGAGAUCUCCCUGCUUGAUCUAGAGGACUUCACCCCUCCCAGUGUCCAGCCUGUGUCUCCCCCCAUGGUUGUGUCCACCAGCCUGGCUGCUGACCUGGAGGGCCUGACGCUCACAGACUCCCCCCUGGUGCCCUCGCUGCUGAGUCCAGUGUUGGGUGUCGGGAGACAGGAGCUGCUGCACCGUGUAGCUGGCGAGGGGCUGGUUGUGGACUACACCUUCAGCCGCCAACCUUUCUCUGGGGACCCCCACAUGGUGUCUGUGCACAUCCACUUCUCCAACAGCUCUGAUACCCCCAUCAAGGGCCUACACGUGGGCACCCCCAAACUGCCCGCUGGCAUCAGCAUCCAGGAAUUUCCUGAAAUCGAGUCCCUGGCACCCGGAGAAUCUGCCACUGCUGUCAUGGGCAUUAAUUUCUGUGACUCGACCCAGGCGGCCAACUUCCAGCUGUGCACCCAAACCCGACAGUUCUACGUCUCCAUUCAGCCACCUGUUGGGGAGCUUAUGGCCCCUGUGUUCAUGAGCGAAAAUGAGUUCAAGAAGGAACAGGGAAAGCUGUCGGGCAUGAAUGAGAUCACAGAGAAGCUCACGCUGCCAGACACCUGUCGGAGUGACCACGUUGUGGUGCAGAAAGUGACUGCCACCGCCAACCUGGGUCGUGUCCCUUGUGGGACAUCUGAUGAGUAUAGGUUUGCAGGGAGGACGCUGACCAGCGGGAGCCUGGUCCUGUUGACCCUGGAUGCCCAGCCCACUGGAGCUGCCCAGCUGACAGUCAACAGUGAGAAGAUGGUGAUCGGCACCAUGCUGGUGAAGGACGUGGUACAGGCUCUGACCCAGUGAUCCUAAGUGCUGUGACCUCUUUGACUGUCCCUUGUCCCUCCCUCGUGACAUCUACGCUGUUAGCCUCUCUCUCUCUCUCUUCCUCUCUCUCAUAUCAGACCCCUCAUUCCAGAUAGCAUCCGGGGGUCCUCUCUCUCUCUGGUCAUGACCAGGCUCCCUCCCAAUUCUCCUCCCCAUGGGUUCCUUAGUGACCUGUGCAGAGGGAGAUGGCAGGGCUCCAUUCAGCUUUGUGUAGCUAUUUAUGUGGCAAAAUCUCAAUAAAAUGUCUUCUCCCUA